UACUACCACCACCACCACCUACCACAAUCACCACAUCCUCACUACCACCAUCCACCACACGAGGGUCUAUUAUACCACACACACUAAUAACUACAACCACACAACUACCAUCACUUGUUUACAAAGUUAUUAACACGAAAUACAUAAGUCCCUCAGGUAAAAACAACAUAGCUAUUGCCACAACACUUACCAAACACACACACUCAUCCAAACACACUCGCUUUACACACACCAAACACACACACUCAUCCAAACACACUCGCUCUACACACACCAAACACACACACUCAUCCAAACACACUCGCUCUACACACACCAAACACACACCCUCAUCCACACCCACUCUCUCUACACCCUCAUCUAAACACCCACCUAGAGACACACACGCCCUCACGCUGGCAGAAUUGGGGCAAAACAUCAAGAUUAUGAUGAAAACCAAACUGCCUCAGUUAAUGAACCCGGAAAUAACAGAGCUGCUGAAAAAACCAUACUUACUACGAACCCGGGUCGCCCAGCGUAAAUUAGGAGCCACUCUACAAGAGCCACUACCACCACCCUUGAACACCACCCGUCAGACUACCAUCACCACCUGUCCUCUCCUGCACCUACAGCAGCUUCUUGAACACCUGAGCAAGACACUGGGGUUCAUGCUGUCAAUGUUGCCUCAGUCACUCGAGGAACUGGAAGAAGCUAUGUGGAAUGAUCCUAUACAGUAUAAUUUCUUCAGAGAGGAUGGUCGAGUUAUCUUAGACGUCAACAACUGUGUAGAGUGUUACGCUAAGGACCCAACUGGUAAAUGCCGAGAGCUCUUUUUCUGUAAGGGGGGCGAGACGGUAUACAGAUCUAUGUUUGCCCAAGCUGACCGAAUAAGACGAAUGAAUGGGUAGUGACUCACCUGAAUGUUGUGAGGUAUAGUCAAGUCUCAAACUAAACUUGAUCAUCGUUCUAUGCCCUGUCUGUUGUGUUGUCUAUGUCAGUGUGAUGAUCGCUAUGCUACACCUCAAUUGUUUAUUUCUGUAUAUCGUAAACAACACAGUGCGCACCUCAUCUGUCUGUCUCCUCACUUGGAUAAACACCGUCGAACACAGCUCUCCCGUCUCCUACACCGUCGAACACAGCUCUCCCGUCUCCUACACCGUCGAACACAGCUCUCCCGUCUCCUACACCGUCGAACACAGCUCUCCCGUCUCCUACACCGUCGAACACAGCUCUCCCGUCUCCUACACCGUCUUACAACUGUCUAUCCGUCAACGCUAGACAGAUAUUGUAUCCUCAAGCCAUUGAUGUUUGGCGAGACUGUCAACAGCUAACAUCGUCAUCAAUAUUCUUCUCUAUGUUUAUAAUUUAUUUUCUUUAUGUCUAUUGUUAAUAAACAUUCAUAAAGGAAAAAAAUA